UCGUUUCGUUUCUUUGCUAAUAUCCCCAGAAGACAAGCAUGAACUCCACAAGGCUGUUGUUAAACUCAAAAUCCCAAGCUCCAUGUGGAUUUUUUAGCCGAUUUUAUUAUACAAACAGGGUCAAUAAAGCCACUCUGUAUUCCAGAAUCAGUCCUUUGGGAGGCCCCGACAAAAGCGUCGAAGCUGAGCUUGAAGAUUGGCUCAAACAUGGGAACAACAUUCGAGUCGCCGAGCUGCAACGCAUCAUUCAAGAUCUUCGGAAGCGAAAACGCUUCACUCAAGCUCUUCAGGUUUCCGAAUGGAUGAAUAAAAAGGGUCUUUGUGCCUUUUCACCUACUGAACAUGCCGUGCAAUUGGAUCUCAUCGGUAAAGUUCGAGGAUUCGCUACCGCAGAAAGCUAUUUUAAUGGAUUGAAGGACCAAGAUAAAACCGAUAAGACGUAUGGUGCUCUUCUGAACUGUUAUGUGCGUCAGCGACAGACAGACAAGUCCCUCUCGCAUUUGCGGAAAAUGAAAGAAUUGGGUUUUGCCUCGACAGCUCUUACUUACAAUGAUAUUAUGUGCCUUUACACGAAUACUGGACAGCAUGAGAAGGUUCCUGAUGUGAUGAGGGAGAUGAAAGAGAAGAAUGUCUCCCCCGACAACUUCAGUUACAGAAUUUGCAUCAAUUCCGUUGGUUUGAUGUCAAAUCUCGAGGGAAUGGAAAUUUUUUUAACAGAAAUGGAAAACCAACCUCACAUUAAGAUGGAUUGGAACACUUAUGCUGUUGUUGCCAAUUUCUACAUAAAAGCAGGCCUUACUGAAAAGGCAAUCGAUCAACUGAAAAAAUCCGAACAGAAGCUAGAUAAUAAAGAUGGAACCGGCUACAAUCAUCUAAUAUCACUAUAUGCAAGCUUGGGAGAUAAAACCGAGGUCUUGAGAUUAUGGGGUCUAGAGAAAGCUGCUUGUAAAAGGUAUUUAAACAAGGACUUCAUUACUAUGCUGCAAUCUCUAGUGAGGCUUGAUGAGUUGGAAGAAGCUGAGAAAGUACUCAAGGAGUGGGAAUCAUCUGGCAACUGUUAUGAUCUUCGAAUACCGAAUAUUGUCAUUGCUGGGUAUAUUAGAAGGGGUCUACACGAAAAGGCAGAAGCGAUGCUUGAAAAUCUGAUGGAAAAGGGUAAGACCACCACCCCUAAUAGUUGGGGCAUCCUGGCAGCAAGUUACCUAGAUAAAGGACAGGUGAAAAAAGCUUUUGAGUGCAUGAAAGCUGCCCUAUCUUUAUUAGGGGAGGAUAAGGGGUGGAAGCCGAACUUCAGGGUGGUUACAGGCAUCUUGGAUUGGGUAGGUGAUGAAGGCAGUGUUCGUGACACGGAAGAAUUCGUUGAGUUGUUGAGGAGAACGAUUCCGGUCGAUCGAAAAAUGUAUCAUGCCUUGUUGAAGGCAAAUAUAAGACAUGGUAAAAGAGUGGAUAAACUUCUGGUCCGCAUGAAAGCUGAUAAAAUAAACGAAGAUGAAGAAACAAAAACGAUAUUAGCCAUGAAGUCCAGCUAAAUUUCCAUAGGUUGGUUCCUCAUCAGUCAUUGAUCUAUGUAUGUUUUUCCAUCUGCUAGCCGUUGUAGUCAUCCAG